UUGUUCAAGCAAGAACGCUCGCUUUUCGAUGUUCUUCGAUCAUUGUUUCGGUAGGAACGAUAAUAAAUGUGAAGACUUAAAUAUUGAACGUUAAAUCUUUGUAAUUUGCUUAGCUUCUGCUUUAGUGAAGUCGACGAAUAGUUGUCGUCUUGUUGAGCGUUGUUAUGCCCAAACAACUUCCCCCAUGCUGCCCCUCCCCCUGUUUCCGGUAUUCAGGCGGAAGUAGCUUUGAGCUUAGUCCUCAUACUUCCAAUGGCGACCGAAAACUGGCUGAACAGAAAGCAGGAGCAAUCGUCAAGGGGUACGAAGCUUACAAUCGACAUUGACUGAUUAUUUAAUUGACAAACUACACUUAAAUUUCGCAUCCACGUUUCGUAUCAAUUGAGCUAUGGCCAAUACUGCAGCCAGAAAUGGGAGUAUUUCACCACUUGAAUCGGAGUUGUACUACUUGAUAUCGCGCUUUUUGAGCACGGGGCCGUGUCGGAAAGCGGCCGAGGCACUUAUGUGUGAGCUGGAAGAAAAUCAGCUCCUUCCACGUCGAUUGGAUUGGGAAGGAACGAAGCACCCACGGUCUUAUAAAGAUUUGGUUGCUGCCAACAGACAUAUCGCCCCAGACCACUUGCUGCAGAUAUGCAAGCAGAUUGGGCCGAUCCUGGACCGAGAGGUUCCGUCUGGUGUGCUGGGAGUGCACACACUACUGGGAGCUGGGAAACACUCUUUAUUGCGAACAUCAAAAGACUGUGGUAGUAGUAGAUGGAAAGCCUCGACUUUCGCAGCCCUUCACAGAGGAAGACCACCAGAGAGCCCUUUAAGCUACAGGGAUGCCCCAAAUAUAGUUGAGGUAUGCCGAGGCAGAGAGCUCACCGGAGUUCAGCGCUUCAGUUCUGUGAACCCCGUCAGCAAUUAUCAGCACAUGAAGAUGCACAGGAGGAUUCUGGGCCAUCUCUCUGCUGUGUACUGUAUCGCCUUUGAUCGGACCGGUUCCAGGAUAUUUACGGGUUCCGAUGAUGCCUUGGUUAAAAUCUGGUCCUCUUUUGAUGGAAGGCUUCACUCCACUCUCAGAGGACAUCAUGCUGAGAUUUCAGACCUUGCCGUUAACUUUGAAAAUACCCUUAUCGCGGCCGGUAGCUGCGACAAAACCAUUCGAGUCUGGUGCCUUCGUACCUGUGCCCCAGUGGCAGUCCUGCAGGGCCACAGUGGAUCCAUUACCUCUUUACAGUUCUCUCCAUUUCUCAAGGGCUCCAAAAGGUACAUGGUCUCCACUGGAACUGAUGCAACAGUGUGUUUCUGGCAGUGGGAUGUGAAUUGUAACGUUUUCAGUGAUCGUGUGCACAAAUUCACAGAGAGGUCGAGACCAGGUGUUCAGAUGGUCUGCUCUUCCUUUAGCCCUGGUGGCAUGUUUCUUGCAACAGGAAGCACUGAUGAUGUCAUCAGGAUAUACUACCUGGGCAGUGGCAGUCCAGAAAAACUAGCUGAGCUUAACUCUCACACAGACAAGGUGGACAGUAUCCAGUUUUGCCAUUCAGGAGAGAGGUUUGUGAGUGGCAGUCGAGAUGGAACUGCUCGUAUAUGGCGUCUGGAUCAGAGACAUCAAUGGAACAGUAUAUUAUUGGACAUGUCUGCCACACUUCCAGGAUCUGCACCUUUAACAGAGGAUGGAAGUUUCUUUAAACCCAAAGUCACCAUGGUUUCCUGGGAUCGCCAUGACAGCACAGUCAUUACGGCUGUCAACAAUCAUCUCCUCAAAGUGUGGAAUUCCUUCACAGGGCAGUUGCUACACAUUUUAAAAGGUCAUGAGGCGGAGGUGUUUGUUUUGGAGCCACACCCCUAUGACCCUCGGGUCAUGCUUUCUGCUGGCCAUGAUGGAAAUGUCUUCAUAUGGGACCUCAUUAGAGGCACCAAAAUUCUGCAUUAUUUUAACAUGAUUGAAGGUCAAGGACAUGGUGCGGUGUUCGACUGCAAGUUCAUGCCUGAUGGUCUUCGCUUUGCCUGCACAGACUCUCAUGGACAUCUGGUUAUUUUUGGCUUUGGAAGCUCCAAACCUUAUGAAAAGCUUCCAGACCAGGUCUUCUUCCACACAGACUACCGGCCGCUCAUCCGGGACUCAAACGGGUUUGUUCUGGAUGAGCAGACUCAGCAGGCCCCUCAUCUCAUGCCUUCUCCCUUCCUGGUGGACGUGGACGGCAACCCUCAUCCACCCAGAUACCAAAGACUGGUCCCAGGAAGAGAAAACAUUGCAGAUGAACACCUUGUUCCUCAACUGGGCUAUGUUGCUAUGAGUGAUGGUGAGGUGGUGGAGCAGGUGAUCAGUCAGCAGCCAGUGGAAAGCGAGGAGCCUCGCCACAGCGCCUUGGAUUAUGCCAUCCGCCAGCUUCAGGAACAUCAGGAAAGACAGGCUGCAACUCAGGUGGAGGGUGCUGGUCUUGCCCCUGCCAAUGUGCCGGAGCCUGGAACACCACGCAGAGUGUCAUUGAACGAGCGCAUGGAGGUGCAGUCUCCUCCUAACGUGGGUUUACGGCGUAGUGGACAGGUUGAGGGAGUGCGGCAGAUGCAUCAGAACGCUCCUCGCAGUCAGAUGGCCACAGAAAGAGACCUUCAGGCCUGGAGACGCCGGGUGGUCGUGCCAGAACUUACAGUGAGCGGAUACAGGGCACAGGAGUCAUUCAGAUCAUCCAAGGGUGAUGAGGAGGUUACCCUUUACAACACAAAGAAACGGAGGGUGACCCACACAAGCUUCAAGGAUGAUUCGGAUGAAGAAGGGCCAUGCGUCAAACGUACUCUGUCACGCAAACGGCAGAAAAACUUAGAGCGUAAAGAGAGUCUGGCUGAAGAGUACAUGGAGUUCUCAUGUGAGGAGGGGGAGGAGACCGCUUCUUCUGAGGACAGUGAAAUAGAGGGAAGUGAUGCUGAUUUAUCAGUUGAGGAUGAAGAGGAAUGGAACAGUGAUGGUUCAAGCCACUCCUCCAGCGAUUAUUCCGACUGGACAGCAGAUGCUAGAUUCCGUGUGCGGCCGCCGGCGUCUUCCUCCAGAAGGCGUGCUUGCCGCAUGAUCAGCAGUUCUGAGGAAGAGGAUGUUGAAGAUGCAGCCGAUGAAGAGCAAACUCUUGAUGAAGAGCAGAUUUCUUCACCCCGAACGCACAAGAAGUCCAAAAGCAAAACACCAAAGCGCCCAAAACUGAAGGCGUCCAUUAACAGAGAGAUUUCAAAUGAGUUCCGUCCCUCAGCGUGGAUCACUGAUACCAUUCCCAGGAAGUCUCCCUUUGUCCCUCAAAUGGGAGACGAGGUCAUCUAUUUUCGUCAGGGUCAUGAGGCGUAUGUGGAUGCGGUCUGUAGGAGUAGCCUGUACCCCAUUAACCUAGACAAACAGCCAUGGAAGAAGAUGGAGUUAAGAGACCAAGAGUUUGUGAAAAUAACAGGGAUCAAGUAUGAAGUGUGCCCUCCAACAUUGUGUUGUUUGAAACUGACCCAGAUCGACCCUGGAACAGGCAAAAUAACAGACAGAUCCUUCUCAAUAAAAUACCAUGAUAUGCCAGAUGUAAUUGAUUUCCUGGUGCUGCAUCAAAGUUACUACGAGGCACAGAACAGAGUGUGGAGGGCAAAUGUUCGCUUUCGCUCUGUGAUUGAUGAUGCCUGGUGGUUUGGGACCAUAAUUGGUCAGGAGCCCUAUCAGCCUGAGUAUCCUGACAGCCAUUUUCAAUGCUUCAAAGUCAAAUGGGACAGUGGAGAGACGGAGAAGCUGAGUCCAUGGGAUGUGGAAUCUAUUCCUGAAAAUGCUCAGCAGCCAGUGUCGGAGGGUGCAGGGGUGUUGGCAACAGAUGAGGAGAUGAUUGAAAUCCUGUAUAAACCUCAGGGGGCUGAAUGGGGCGAUCGGGGACGAGAGGCAGAGAGUGCACGCAUCAUUGCAGGCAUUGAACAGCUCACCACUGUUGAUAUCACUGCACCUUUCUCUGGUCCAGUGGACCUUGUUCAGUAUCCUACAUACUGUACCAUCAUUGCAUAUCCUACAGACCUGAACACCAUCAAACUGCGGCUAAAGAACAACUUCUACAGGAGGCUGUCUGCGCUGAUCUGGGAUGUAAAACACAUUGAACAAAAUGCCAAGACCUUCAAUGAGCCCCGCAGCAAGAUUGCAGAAUCUGCCAAAACCAUAACUAAUGUUCUCUUGAAGUUCAUAAGUAAACCUCACUGUACAGAUAUUAUGGAAAUCUACAAUGCUGUAGAAAACAUGGAGUGCUCUGAUGAUGAGGACCUGGAUGACAUUGAUGCACCUGGAACCUCUGCAAGACAAAGACUUCGUCAGCCCACACUCGAGGUUGUGCAUGACAGGGACACAUGGAAGAGCAGCUGCAAGGAUCUCUUGGACUAUAUGUUUGGGUGUGAGGACUCUGAGCCUUUCCGGGUUGCCGUAGAUCAGACAGAAUAUCCGGACUAUUUUGAUAUUAUCUAUAAGCCCAUGGACCUUGGAACUGUUCAGCAGAAUCUAGAAGACAACUGCUACGAAAAUCCCACUGACUUUUGCAAGGACACCAGGCUUAUUUUUGCCAAUGCUAAAGCCUACACACCAAACAAACGGUCAAAGAUUUAUAGUAUGACUUUGCGACUCUCAGCGUUUUUUGAGGAGAGAAUACAAAAUAUAAUUUCUGACUACAAGACUGCUGUCAAAAGUAGCUCAAAGCUGCGGCGCAGUCAGCGAUUCAGGAAAAAGUUGCAGCACCAGGAGUCUGCUUCCUCCAGCCAACAAUCCAAGUGUCAAAAGAGGGCUACUGUUAAAUCUCAGGAAAAUACAGAACAGUCUAUAACUAAAUCUACCUCAGCCAAAGUGUUUGCACCAGAGCGUCGCAGAGGCAGUGAAUCCAAGAAUGGCUUCAGACGGAGCAACUCAUCUUCAUCUGGGUCUGAUUGUGACAGCAAACAGUCUUUGAGUGAGUCUGAAGAGGACAAGCUGCCCUCGUCUCAUGGUUUCAGGCGAGAGACUAGAGCUACAAGAAGAGCUGCACAGAAUAAAGGAGCAAGACACAAGAGCCAUUCCAAGGUUAAUGGGCACAGCAGAUCGUCAGUCCAAGAGCAUCAGAGAGCACAACCCAGUAGCGACUCGGAGCAGGAUCCAUCGCAAGGCUCAGAGGCCUCCGAGAUAGAGUCGUCUUCUGUCAGUCGUCGGCCGAGGGCCCGCAAGACUGCCAUGGCAGCAGUCGAUAAGAUAAAACUCAUGGAAACUCUGGAGAAUGAGGACGUCUCGGAUGAGGAUGGCUGUAGAAGCAUGGUAAAACACUUGACUGCUGGCAAACGUACUGCUGUCCUUCAGAGCAGUUCGGAAUCUGAGCAACAGAACACUUCUCAGGAGGAAUCAAAUGAAAGUGAUGCUUCAGCCAGCGAAGAAGAGAAAAGUGAUGUCAGCGCUGUUAGUGAAUUAUCUUCUCAUGGCAAAGACAAGACCAAAAGACCAAAAAAGGAAAUUACUUUCAUUAAUGGACACCGUAACAAAUGCCAACGUGAAAAAAGAGAGCACAACUCAGAUGAUGGGCAGAGUCUAAAUGAAAGUUUGAAUGAAGAGUCGGAGGAAGACCUCAUUGUCAGGCGAAAACCCACCAGGAUGAUUGCAAAAGCUGCUUUCAGUAAAAUAAAAGAACUGAAUGACAGUGAUGCAGAGGAAGAAAAUUGCUGCAGGGAGCGAAAUCCAACACCUCACCCAAGCAAGCAGGAUUCAGAAAGAAGUUCUGAUGAGGAUGUUGAGGUGCCAAAUGCAAAAAAGCACCCUCAUCAAAAUGGAAGGAAGAAGUAUGUCAAAGAACUGAAGAGGAGUAAAUUGCCACCAGAAAGCCAAGAACAAGCUUCUGCCUCAAAACUGCAAGUCAUCCACAAGAAAACCUUAGCCACAGAUGCAUUGAUACCAACAACCCAGGAAUCUGAGGAACUUGGAAAUGUUCCAGAAAAAUCUGUUGCACACAGGAAGAGAAAUAAAUCAAGAGAUGAUGUAGAGAAUCAAGGCGAUAAUGCAGAGGAAAGAAGGUCAUGCCGAAACAGAAAGUGGGCAUCACACUCUCUGAAAAAGAUGCAGGAUGUUAGGUCAGAUGCUUCUAGUUCAGAGAGCAUAGAGAACCUGCAACAAAGCGAUGACUCUGAUACGUUUUCUUGUGUUGUUCCAAGGAAACGUUGCCUUACAGCUGCAUCCAAAAGAGUCUGUCUCAGAGCUCUUCCCAAGAAAAACUACAUCAUGGAGGACUCCGAUGAAGACUUCAAUUCAGAAAUGGAAAUCCAAUCAAAGAAUGAAAUGAGCAAGAAGAGGGCUUGUGAAAGCGAACCAUCAAGGGAUUCUUCCAAACGAAAACGGAUUGGCUCCUCAGAUUCUGAAGAAAUGAAAAGGACCACUGCUGAAAUUGAGUGCAUGGAAUCUCAACGAAAGAGUUCAAAAUCCUCAGAGCAUUUCAAGAAUGUUUUAAUAGACUCGGAGACAGAAACAAGGGUAAAAUCUGAGAAUGGUCCGUCACGCAGCAGAUGGGAAAGGUGGUCCGAGGAGAAGCCUCCCAAAGCGACCUACCAACAAGAAAUGCAUUGUGACUCUAAACGGAAGGAAAGCUACAACAGCAACGAUGAUGGAAGCACCCCUGAGAGUGAAGAGGAGGCAUCAGAAGAGUCAGAUUUGGAUCACAGCUCAGAUUCAUGGAGCAGUUUAAAGAGAAGUCAUAGAGAUCGCUCGAGAAAACAUUGGAGAGCUGUUUCUGAUGAUGAUGAUAGCGAUGCAUUGUUUGGGAAACCACCACGGGCCACUCGCAUCCGAACCAGAAACCGAGGCAAACGGACAGUUAAUUACCAAGACAGUGAGUGAAGGAAUUGGAAGGUGGAGCCAUGCAAGAUACACUAACUGGAGACCUUGAAGACACUUGAUUGUCCCAAAAUAAUAAAUGGUAGUAGCACUGGAGUCCUCAAUAUACUGUGAAUCGGUUUCAUUCAGGGAUAUUUAUAUUUUCUAUGAAAAAUAAAACAAACAGAGAAAUGAUUUAUAAAUAGAUGUACUUGACGUAAUUGUUUGGCUGUCCAAACCAGCCCCACUCUUUGAUUCGGCCAACAGGAAAGAUUACAUAGAGAAUUGUUGUCUGCUUUGGUGCCAUCUUAAUAUACCUUCUGUUAAAUCAAGCAUAUUUUGCUGGCUUGCACUAAAAGGCACACUGUAAUGAGAUAUUUUAUACACUAGUUCUGCAUUAGAAACUCAGGGGUCAACUUUGUUUACCAUAUUCUCAGACUUGCUUUUUUUUUUUAGGUUUGUUGUGAGCAAGUCCAAACACUUGAGCAAGUUAUUUUUGACUCUUACACUUAAAUUCUGUAUUGUCGAUGUUAAAGGGAUUCUCGAGCCAAAAUGUACAAAGUUUUACCAAUUUCUGUCAUCCUUUUUUUAGGUUCCCAUUCAUUAGGUUGUAAUUACGUUUUUCAUAUUACAUUUGAUAUCUUUACAGAGGUUUCUGAGAAUCAUUUGUAGCAAAGCAUUGCAUAUUUAAAUUUCUCUUUGUCAAGCAUUACUUUUCUUUUUGUAUUCAAUUUAAAUGCAUUGUCAUGUCCAAUGAAUUGAUACCUAUUUGCUAAUUACAGUAAAUCAAAUUAGUACUUGCAGCAAAGUACUGUGAUUUCUCAUAUUGGGAAGAUGUUUUUGUGAUCUGUAUUGCAUACUUUUUGUAUUAAUUCCUUAAUUUAUCAACAGCAAUUAACUUUUGUACCCAUUCUUUGAAUUGUUAAUUGCAGUCUAUGUAAUACAGUGGUUAAAUGGCAUUUUGCUUAAUGUCUUUUUCAUAACAGCUUAUUCUUUAAUACAGGUUUUCACAGAUGUUAAGCCUGUUGGCCGGUGAAAGAGUUGGCUCAGUGAAGUGAGAGGGGGAUGACUUCCUAUGAAUAAAGUACUGUUGCAAAUUGGAAUGGGUUUAUUAGGAUCCAAGUACUGAAAUACUUGGGGGCGGCUCUGUAGUUCCCCCUUUAAAAUGAGCAUGUAACGGGGUCUCUGUAGCACCCCCAUUUUCACCUAGAGUCACCAAACUUGAUACAUUUAUUGUUCUCAUAAAGCCAAACAACUUUCACUCUUAGUCAUUAGCUUGCCCUAUAGAAGUCGGCCAUUUUGGAUUUUCUGAAAAGCGCAGUCUCUGAACUUUUAAAUACUCCUGGGUGAUUCAUGAGACUGGCACCACAUUUAGACAACAUUAUGCCAAGGCCUUGAUGAUACCAAAGUGUGAACAGAUUUUUGAUAUUUCGAAUGGUUUUGCUAUGGCGAAGCAUUAAAUUAAUGUGAAAAAAAUAGGAAGUUUCAAUUGAGCACAGUAAUACCAUGGUCAGUAAACCAUUUAC